AAGCAGCAGGAAAGGGGAAAAAAAAAAGAAAGAAUAAAAGGUGGUGUGCUUUUCUUUCAGCUUCCCUUUCUUCCGCCAGCCGCAGACCAAACCAAUAAAAGGACGGCAGGAAAGAGGCACCACGGCAGGCCUCUCGUCCUCCUCCGUCGUCUCUCAGAGCUCGGAGUUCAGAGCUUUGAGCUUUCAGUGCAUCCUUUCUUUCCUUCUCUCUUUCGCAGUGCUCUGUUCUUUUUAGGCUUUCAGAAGGAGGAGGGGGAGGAGGAGGAGGAGGAGGAAGGGGGUGAAGCAGAGCACAAGAAAAGCAGAGCAGAAGCAAACGACGUCGUUUUGGAGAAGCAGCAGCAGCAGCAGCAGCAGCUUGAUCGGGGCUUUGCAGAGGGAGAAAUGAAGUACGUUUUGGUGACCGGAGGAGUUGUGAGUGGCCUGGGGAAAGGCGUGACUGCCAGCAGCUUUGGAGUGCUCCUAAAAGCCUGUGGACUUCGCGUCACUGCAAUUAAGAUAGAUCCAUAUCUCAAUACUGAUGCAGGGACAAUGUCUCCGUCUGAGCAUGGGGAGGUUUUUGUCUUAGAUGAUGGUGGUGAGGUGGACUUGGACCUUGGAAACUAUGAGCGGUUCUUGGAUGUUGGAUUGACCCGUGACAAUAAUAUCACAGCUGGAAAGAUUUACCAGUCUGUAAUUGACAAAGAGAGAAGAGGUGAUUAUCUUGGACAAACUGUCCAGGUUGUCCCGCACGUUACAAAUGCUAUUCAAGAAUGGAUUGAGCGUGUAGCAGUGAUACCAGUGGAUGGGAAGAAUGGACCAGCUGAUGUUUGUGUCAUAGAAUUGGGUGGAACUAUUGGUGAUAUUGAGUCAAUGCCAUUUAUUGAAGCACUUGGUCAAUUCUCAUAUCGUGUAGGCCCAGGAAAUUUCUGCUUGAUUCAUGUAAGCCUGGUACCUGUCCUCAACGUUGUUGGUGAACAGAAAACGAAGCCUACGCAACAUAGUGUUCGAGGCCUUCGGGGGCUUGGAUUGACACCAAAUAUUUUAGCAUGUCGCAGUACAAAGGCACUUGAUGAGAAUGUCAAGGAAAAGCUUUCUCAAUUCUGCCAUGUACCGGCAGAAAACAUCAUCACUCUCUAUGAUGUUCUGAAUAUAUGGCACAUUCCUUUGCUGCUAAGAGAUCAGAAAGCACAUGAGGCAAUCUUGAAAGGAUUGAACCUUCAAGGUGUUGCUAUGCGACCUGAUUUAGAGGAGUGGACUGGCAUGACAAAAGUUUGUGACAUGCUACAUGAACCCGUUAGAAUUGCCAUGGUUGGAAAAUACAUGGGCCUUUCAGAUUCUUACCUCUCUGUUAUGAAGGCUCUCUUGCAUGCUUCUGUUGCCUGUCAUCGGAAACUCAUUGUAGAAUGGGUUCCCGCUGGUGAUCUUGAAGAUGCAACCGCUAAGGAGGCCCCUGAUGUUUAUAAAGCUGCAUGUGAAAUUUUGAAGGGUGUCGAUGGUAUACUAGUUCCUGGAGGUUUUGGUGAUAGAGGGGUACAAGGGAAAAUUUUUGCAGCAAAAUAUGCCCGAGAAAACAAAAUUCCAUUUCUUGGAAUUUGUUUGGGAAUGCAAAUUGCUGUCAUUGAGUUUGCACAAUCUGUUCUUGGUUUGCAAGAUGCAAACAGCACAGAGUUUGACCCUGAAACUAUGAAUGCUUGUGUGAUACUUAUGCCAGAGGGAUCAAAGACUCAUAAGGGAGGAACCAUGCGGCUGGGAACACGGAGGACAUAUUUCAAGGUUACUGACUGCAUGACUGCGAAAUUGUAUGGCAAUGCAAAUUUUAUUGAUGAGCGACAUCGACAUAGGUAUGAGGUAAAUCCCAGUAUGGUAUCCCAACUUGAAAAUGCUGGCAUGUCAUUUGUUGGGAGAGAUGAAAGCGGUACGCGCAUGGAGGUUAUUGAACUUCCUGGCCAUCCUUUCUUUGUUGGGGUUCAGUUUCAUCCUGAAUUUAAGUCAAGGCCAGCAAAACCUUCUGCACCAUUCUUAGGACUUAUAGCAGCAGCUUGUGGGCAGUUUGAUGCAGUCCUGCAGAAGAUUGGUCAUGGCCAUGUAAGCAAGGUGGCUGCAAAGAGAAAUGGUUUUUGUAACGGGCAAUCAGUGGUGAAAGCCCACAGAAAUGGACAUGCGAAUAGAACCUCCAAUGGGUCACUAAAUGCUGUGUAUGGCAAUGGUAAUGGUGUGCAUUGCAAAGAGAGCUGGUGAUUGUUUUUUCUCCAUCAGUGUUCUUAUGGUCCUGUUGUGCCUUGGAAGGGUUUUUUCGCUAGCCAUCCCAGAUCUCUGUACAGCCAUGAGUGUUUGUAGGUGUUUAGAACUCAGGAAAAUGUUUUUGAUAUGUAGCUUUAUUCCGAGUCUUAUGUGAUCUCGCUGAAGUUUUGAAGCGGAUUUAACUUUUUCAGCGCACAGAAUAUAUGCAGCCCAAUGAUUUUUGCUUGUGGGAUUGUAAUGCUUAUUGAUUUUGUGGGACUAGUAAUUUCUUAACAGCGGCUAGAGAACAAAGCUAGUUGACUGCCUUGAGAAGUUGGUUUCAAGUUGCAAGAAUAUGCAAAUUAUUAAUGAUCAA